AUGUAUAAAGGACUGGGAGACAGAAUAGUCACUGAUGCACCUCCUCCAGCAGGAUUUCAGCCAGUGCAUCACCUGCCAAUCAGGGAAAUGUUUGGAUCUGGAGCAGUGCAUCACAACCAUCAACCACAACAGAUUCCUCUCCCUCAGCAACAGGCUCCACGAAAUCCAGUUCAUGGCCAUGGAAAGACUCAACUGGAAGGAAGGUCUAGAAGUGGUGGGGCAUGGGUGGUUGAUGACACCAACAUAGAUCUACAAGAAAAAACACCGAAUUCCAUAAUGAAGUCUAUUGAAACUGAAAUAGCUUGGCGUUGUGAUGGUGACGCAGAUUGUGUCAAAGGUGAAGAUGAGAUGCUUUGUACAGAACCUACAUUACAAUCAUGUCCACCUGCCACUCAUAUCAGGUGUCCUCAUACUGGAAAGUGUAUUAGGAAAGAUUUUCUUUGUGAUGGAGCAGAUGACUGUGGUGAUUUUUCUGAUGAAACACAUUGUGCUGAAGUUGAAAUACCUCAGUGUGGGCCUGAUGAGGUACAGUGUGAUUACCCAAAAUGUGUGAGAGAAGAAUUUCGCUGUGAUGGAGAUGAUGAUUGUGGUGAUUGGAGUGAUGAAAAUGGUUGUCCCAAUGUAUCAGGAGGGAUAUGCUCUGAUACAGAAUUCAGAAACAAUGGGUCUGUGAUGGAGUUCAAGACUGUUCACAAGGUGAAGAUGAGCAAAACUGUGUGACCCCUUGUGAUCCUGCAACACAGUUUACUUGCCCUCCCCCAAAUGUCACAUAUUCAAGAAUUGCUCACUGUAUUCGUAAAAAGCAUGUCUGUGAUGAUAAAAGAGAUUGUCCCCGUGGAGAAGAUGAGCUUAAUUGCUCUAAACCAAAAAGUUGCAGUUUAUCGACCAAAAAGUGUGAACAGAUAUGUGUGACAACCUAUGACAAUAAAGAUGCCUGUAGUUGUCGACCUGGAUUUGUUCUGAAUGAUGAUGGAGAAAGUUGCCGGGACAUUGAUGAAUGUAGUUUGAAGAACGAUGCAGUUUGUAGCCAAAUUUGUAAUAACACUAUCGGUUCAUAUAUCUGUGCUUGUUAUGAUGGAUACGUUCUAAGGCCAGAUAAUAUAACUUGUAAAGCAGUAGGAUCACCUCCUACUUUACUGUUUGCUAAUCGCAUUGACAUCAGACAAGUAAGUUUAGAUCACCAGAAAUAUACAGCUGUACUUAAAAAUCUUCACAAUGCUAUAGCACUUGAUUACCAUUACAAAAAAGGACUUAUUUUCUGGUCUGACGUUUCAAUGGAUAUGAUACGUCGUUCAUUCAUUAAUGGAUCAAAUAUAACAGAUAUAACACGGUGGGGGUUAGAUUCUCCCAGUGGUAUAGCAGUAGAUUGGAUCCAUGACUUAUUAUUUUGGACUGAUUCUGGCACAAGAAGGGUUGAAGUUUCCUCAUUUGACGGGCAGAAUCGACACGUUCUUGUUUCUGAUGAUUUAGCAAAACCAAGAGCAAUAGCUGUUCAUCCAGGGAAAGCUUUUGUUUUCUGGACUGACUGGGGGUCUAAGCCAAAGAUUGAACGCAUUGAAAUGGAUGGUUCAAACAGAAUGGCAAUCAUUACAGAAUCAGUUCAAUGGCCGAAUGGGCUAUGCAUUGAUUAUCCUGCAAAUCGAGUUUAUUGGGCCGAUGCUAAACAUCAUGUUAUAGAAAGUGCUAAAUUAGAUGGCACUGAAAGGAGAAAAGUUAUUACAAAAGGGCUACCUCAUCCAUUUGGUGUUACUCUUUUUGAAGAUGCUAUUUAUUGGACUGAUUGGCACACAAAAAGCAUUUCUACUGCUAACAAAGUCACAGGAACAGGGUUUAUGACCAUUCAUGGACAAUUGCAUUUUCCAAUGGACAUCCAUAGUUAUCACUCUCAGAGACAGCCUACUUAUAAAAACCAUUGUGGGAAUAACAGUGGUGGAUGCUCCCAUCUUUG